GAUUUUACCGUGAGUGCUCGUUAAAUUAGUAGGUAUUGACAGUGCCGCCUAACGCACACGCGCUCAGGAAUUCUGUAAUCUUCAAUAAUCAAAAUGGACACAAGAGCAUACCAGCAAAUAAAUCAAAGCACGGAUAAUUCAGUAUGCAUUGAAAUGGAUCUUCUACAAGUAGGCUCGGAGCCUGUAGGCAUGAGGUGCCCUUAUUGCCAAGAAGACAUAAUGACGAGGGCUAUUUACAAAAAUUCGACCAUCACUCAUAUCGUUGCUGCAGUGCUGGGUGUAUUGUUCUGGUGGCUGUGUUGCUGUAUAAUUCCGUAUACAACGAAACGUUGGAAAAACGUGGAGCAUAAUUGUCCGAAUUGUCAUAAAUUCCUGGGUGUCUAUGAAAGAACGAGAGUUAUUUAACAAUUUUAUGUCUAUAAUCGAAUACUUUUAAUUUAUUUCAAAAUUAUUGUUUAGCCCUAUUGAGUUUAAUAAACUUGACAUGCACUGGUGACAUUUGUCAGCAAAUCAUUAUACAUAA